GAAAUGGCGACCACGCACGAAGAAGAUACAAGCUCAUACGUUAGCUCGUCAGAAGACGAUGACGAGCAGCUUGUGAACCCAUCGGGAGCUGCUGGCCGCGAUGAGGACUGGGAUGAGUGGCAGGAAGAAGCUUGCGACGCAGAUGAGGAUGCGACUAAAAGUCUUUUCGGUCCUGAACGGUUGCCGAACCCAGAGGCGGCGAUGGAACACGACGCUGCCAAGUAUGGCUUCGACUUGCGCCAGUUCGCCAUACAGGAGGGGCUCGACGAGUACGGCAUCAUCCGCGUCAUCAACUUCAUCCGUACGGAGGUUGCUGCCGGUCGCGACCCGCUACCGCUGCUAGCCGCGUCUCGCAGCAGCACCUCCACCUCCGCCUCACCCGCCUGGGCGGAUGACCGCUACCUUCUGCCCGCCUUGCAAGACGACGCGCUGCUGUUCUACGACUACGAGGAGGUGGCAGCGGAGGCGGCGGAGGCGGCAGCAGCAGCUCGGGCUGCGGCAGGAGCAAGCGGUGCUGGCGAUGCGGGGGCUGGGCCGAGUGGUGCCAGCAGCAGCGCGCCCACAGCUCCCUCCACGGCAGCUGCGGUGGCUGCUGAGGCGGCUCGGUUGCGGGCUGAGAACGAGGCGCUGCGGACGGCUCUGGAGGCGAUGCGGCAGGCGUUCAUGCCGGAGGAGCUGCGGGAAGUGCUUGCCGGGGAGGCGCCAUCCUCAUCCGCGCCCGCAGCAGCAGCUGCCGCUGCCCCUCAAGAGCCCAGCACCUCCACAGCGGCUGCACCCGCACCCGCAGCAGCUGCCCCCUCCGCUGCUCCUGCUACGGCAGAGGAGAGGGAGGAGGUGGCCGCAGCCGCCGCAGUGGCAGCCGACAAGGCCCGAAAGGUGGAUGCGGCGUAUUUCGACAGCUACAGCUACUUUGACAUUCACCGGGAGAUGCUGGGUGACAAGCCCCGCACCGAGGCCUACCGCGCCGCCCUGGAGUGCAACCCGGGGCUGCUGCGGGGGGCUGCCGUGCUGGAUGUGGGGUGCGGCACCGGCAUCCUGUCGCUGUUCGCGUGCCGGGCGGGCGCGAGCAGGGUGGUGGCGGUGGACGGCAGCGAGCGCAUUGCGGGGUUUGCGAGGCGCCAUGCGGAGUUGGCCGGCUACAGCAGCAGCAGCGGCGGCCCCAUGACGGUAGUGGCGGGCAAGGUGGAGCAGCUGGACGGGCAGCUGCCGGUGGACAAGGUCGAUGUGAUUGUGAGCGAGUGGAUGGGCUACGCGCUGCUGUUCGAGACCAUGCUAGACACGGUACUGCACGCGCGUGAUCGCUACCUGAAGCCGGGGGGCGCGCUUCUGCCUGACCGGGCGGCCAUCUACAUCGCGGGUGCCAGCAGUGCCGCGGGGGGACUGGGCUUCUGGAACGACGUGUACGGUUUCGACAUGCGGCCGGUGGCAGCUGCCAUUGCGGAGGCGGGUCAGGGGCAGGCGGUGGUGCUGGAGGUGAAGAAGGAACACCUGGUCACAUCCACCGCGUGUGUAAAGGAGCUGGACCUGUGCACCAUGCGCUCCGAGGACCAGGACUUCACCGCCGACUUCAGGCUGGAGGCCCUCCCGGCGACAACCUCCCAGCAACAACCACAAGAACAGCAGCAGCAACAGCAACAACAGGGCAGCUCCGGCACCUCGCCGCCGCCGCAGCAGGUGCCUCAGGAGGUGGGCUGCAUCGCGCUGUGGUUCGACACCGCCUUCUCCUCCCGCCACUGCGCCGAGCACCCCGUCCUACUCUCCACCUCGCCCUUCGCGCCGCCAACCCACUGGGCGCAGACGCUGCUCACGCUGCGGCGCCCAGUGCCCCUGGCAGCCCCCUCCGCCCCCUCCGCCCCCUCCGCCUCCGCCUCCUCCGCAUCCUCCGCGUCGCAGCAGCAGGACCCUGCACAAGCCGCCGCCCCCCCAACCGCCAGCGUGAUCACGGGUCGGCUGAGCAUGGUUCGCAGCCGCGCGCACCACCGCAGUCUAGACAUCGCGCUGCAGUACCGCGCGGAGCUGAGUGACGGGGGCGUGAUUGAGGAGGCGCAGCUGUACCACAUGAGCGUCACGGCGCCGGCGUGAGGGGAG